AUGGUGAACGCGGAGAUCGAGCAGUUGGUAGGGUCGGCUUUGGACGGCAUCCCCAUCGACGUGGACGCUGGCAGCGACAUGGGGGGCAUCGAGUCCGAGAGCUACCCGCAGCUGCUCAAUGGGGACUGGCCGAGGAGUAAUGUGAGCAGCAUCUUGCUGGACUUGGUCAUCCUUGACGGGGUGAACCACGUGCUGGACUGGGUCAUCCUUGACGGGGUCAGCAUCGUGCUGGACUGGGUCAGCAUCUUGCUGGACUUGGUCAACAUUGACGGGGUCAGCAUCGCGCUGGACUGGGCCAUCGCCAUGCUGGACUGGGUCAUCCUUGACGGGGUCAGCAUCUUUCUGGACUGGGUCAUCCUUGACUGGGUCAGCCUGCUGCUGGAUUUCAUG